AUGAAAGAAUUCCAAACUUAUAAGGAUAUCAAUUUCUACAUUCCCAGUAGAUACAAAAUUGAAAAGUGCUUAGGUCGCGGUACAUACGGCGUAGUCUGUAAAGCCAUGGAUACCAAGGCUACGGAACCUAUUCCUCUUGCUAUCAAGAAGAUAGGCAAGAUUCUUACCAAAGAAGUCUUGAUGAGAAGGACAAUCCGCGAGUUAAAACUUAUGAGGUUCUUCAAAGGUCACCCAAACGUAUGUGAGUCCGAUUUAUUUGAUCUACACAGAGUACUAAUUCCAGAUUGUGUCGUUAAUAGACGUCCACCUAGUCAUGGAAAAGCCAUAUGA